GGUGAAAUUGAAGGUACAAUGCUCUACCAAAGGCUUCUAUUGCAAGCCAAGAAUUCUUAUUUAUCCUCCCUAAAAAAAGAUUCAAAUGGAAAUAUGAAUCCUGGGCUAAGGGUUCGAAGACUGCUUGAAACUUUAAGUAUCAAUUAUGAGGAAAUGAAAGAGGCUGAAAACUGGCUCAGACCUCCUGAUGAUGACAGCUGGAUGGAAAUCACACCCGAAGCAUUAGAUUCUAUAUUAGAAAAAAUGUCACAAAAACCGAAUGAAGCAAAUGUCACCAAGGUUAUAACAGAUGGACUUAAGUCAUUUGUUCACCAUCGAUCUGAUAUUGAAGGCAUUGAAGUUUCUGAAAGCAGUCAAAAAAGUAAAAAGCAGAAGAUAAAUUUUGAUCCUGAUGCCUUUGCUGAUGCAAUGAACACAAUUCUUGACUUUCGAAUACCUGGUUCUGAUGAUGAAAAAUCAAGUUCAUCUAUGAGUGGAUAUUCAGAUGAUGAUGAUGAUGAUAUUUCGCUUGAUGAGCAAAAGCAGGUAAGCAAGAACAAUAUCUCUGGUGAAUGUGGAAAAGUAUUGAAUAAAAUGAAAGCUUACAUGGACCAGAUGGAUAAGGAAUUAUCAAAAACUGAUGUUGGGCUAAGUUUUGAAAGAUUACCACCUGCACCUGCAAAAAAUGUUCAAGUUGAGGAAACAUUAUCUGAUAUCAAUGAUGAAGAGGAUGAUUUUCAACCAGUAGAUGUUGAUUUGACAGCGUUGAAAAAUAUUUUAGAAUCUUAUUCAAAUCAACAAGGCAUGCCUGGACCUGCCAGUAACUUGUUUUCUACAAUGGGCAUUCAAAUUCUUGAUGAUCUUGAUUCUUGAAUUUAUGUGUUAAUUGCUUAUUGCUUAGCUGAAUCAUAAUGAAAAAAUAUUUCAUAUUUACAUUAACUAAUUACAUUAACUAAUUAUUAGUUAAUGUAUUUUAUUUUUGUCAUUUUUUAAGUUCAGCUUUAUGACAAAUUAAUUUAUUUAAUUUUUUAUGUAAGUAAUUAUUUGGAGAAUAAGACUGCUAGUCCAGUCAAUCGAAGAUUCAAAAACAGUGUUUUCAGGAAAAAUUGUAGAGGUUUUUUGCUUAAUGAUUAUAUGUGAUUUUGGCAUGCUUCAAUUCAUCCAAAAUUUACUUCUGCCACUAUGCCAGAACCCUGCUUGACAAUGAAAACUGGGGGGGGGGGAAGAAAAAAAAAGAGAGACAAAAAUUUUGCUACUUUAUCUUGCUUUUUCAGUUGAAAUUUAAGCAUUUUUUUAGGAUGAUCAAUCACUCUCUGCAAAAUUACAGUAGACGAAAUGCAUUUUAGAAUUGUUCUUUGUAAGUAUCCAAAGUGUCCGAACUCGUGGUAAACAUUAAUAGAAUUAUAAGUCUAAAGUAAGAACUGAAACUUGCAAAGGGUGUAGAAGACCCUUUUUAAUUAACGAAAUAAGAACAGUAGGCACACUUUGUGCAUACAACUGAGCCAGCCAUUUGUGGCAAGGUAACUCAUUGCAUAUUAAUUAAAUUUAUUUCUUUAGGAAACAUUAUCUGUUAUCAAUGAUGAAGAGGAUGAUUUUCAACCAGUAGAUGUUGAUUUGACAGCGUUGAAAAAUAUUUUAGAAUUUUAUUCAAAUCAACAAGGCAUGCCUGGACCUGCCAGUAACUUGUUUUCUAAAAUGGGCAUUCAAAUUCCUGAUGAUCUUGAUUCUUGAAUUUAUGCAUUAAUUGCUUAUUGUACAGUUAAGCGUGUAGCCAAAAGCAACACAAAUCGGCUUAAUGCCAAGUUUGGUGAAAACUUAACCUCUGUGGAUAUCAACUAUUGGCAAUUAUAAUGCAAGGCUGAAGACUGUAAAAUCUUAUCUUAUGAAGUGACCUAGUAACAUAGCAUUGAUAGGCAGAACAUGCUUUGUCUUACAGUAUAAAAAAAAAAAAAAAAACCUCACCUUAAAUACUCAUGAACUAAAUUCCCUUUGCGAUCCCUACUUUCUGUACAAAAAUACUGCAAUCAUGGCUGUAAGUAAGCAGUCAACUAUUGAAUAAGACUUCUUCCAUUUGCCAUUUACUUUCUUCUUACUCAUUUCUACAGCAUCCACAAAAGCUUAAAGAGAUUAUGGAAGGAGAUCCGCAGCAAUUUCCAAAAAUCUAUUUGCUGGGCGGUAUUGUGUCAUGUCAUAUACUUGAGAUUGUUCAUCCUCAACAUUAAUAGCAUCUGCUAUUUUAACAAUUCUUAGCUUUUUUUCAUCUUCUAGCAGCCUCUCCUAAUACCACGAGACCUAUAGUCUUCAAACACACAAUACAAGACAUAUUAGCUGUUACCAAUACAUCAUUGCCAUACUUUUCAAGGAGCACUGUUUUUAAUUGAGAAAAACUCACUUUUAUUCUCAUUUAUCAUUUAGUCAAUUGUAAACUGUCAUUCCUGCACACCGUUUCUAAGAAAUGUGAAAGUUUAUUGCAUUGCUGCUUUCCCAUCAAUUCAAGGUAGUCUACUGUACUGUCAUUUCACUCAAAACUUUCAAGUUUCAUUUACUAUAUGUAGAUGAAGCAAGGAAUGUAGUAGAGCAAUUUCCUAUAAACUGGUGGGUCUGCUGCCCAUUUACCUCAUUGACAUCUGUUAAUUCAAUUAAUGUGACUUACUAGGCAUUCAUAAAGUAAUUAGUUUAUAACUAGUUCCAGGCAUAUGGCGUUGCUGUUAGGGCCCCACUGGCACAGUUAGAAAGGUGUAUUUUGAAUUUUUCAUGGAGAUUCAUAUGGAGGUUUGUUUUUAGCAUACUCUAGGAACAUUGCAGUUCGUCCGAACAAUAAACUUAAGUAUAUGCAUUUGUAGGAAAUUCCGUCUACUUUAAUUUUGUAUAGAGUGAUCAUCUUAAAAAAUUGCUUAGUUUUUAAAUUAUAGGUAAAAAUUUUGAGGGGUCCCUCCCCCAACCUUGGUUUUAAUUAUGGAGCAGGCCUCUGCUGAGGUGGCAAACCUAAAUUUUGGAUUCACCACCACAAGACUUAUAGAAUCAGUGAAAAAAAUCUUUAUUUUUUUCCUGUUUGUCAAACCCUUUGUUGACUUGGCUAUUAAUGUAAUCAAAUGAAAUGUAUAUGCUUGUUGUCAAAAUAUUUCUUGUUUGUGCCCAAAUGUGAUAAUUUAUUUUUUGAAGUGUAAAGAAAAAAAAAAGAAAAGAAAAGAAAAGGUGUGUGUUUAUGUAAUUAAAUAUAACUUGUCAAAAUGAAAUUUAGAAUUUCCAGAGGAAAUGAAAACCUUAAUAUUAGCAUUUAUUGAGACAAUCAAAAGGUGUUAAUUGUGCAUUUUUAUUUAACCCUUUGAGCGGUGCAGGUUUUUGGAUUUGUCAUGAAGACCUGUAUUUAACAGCAUUUAUUAGGAAAAUUUGUAAAAUUACUUAUUUUAAUCUCUGUUUUCAUAAACUUACUUUCGUUAAAAUGACAUUCACAUUAUUAAGGAAACUAAGAAAGCAAAAUAUCUUACAUUAUAAGAUAACAUGUACCAAAUGACAAAAAAUCUCAUGAGUGAGUAGAGCCAGUUAUGCCAUUCAGAUGGUUAAGAAAUGCAGUCAGUUCUGUUUAAUUGGGAACUUAACAAGCAGGUGCCUAAUCUGUCUGAAGAAUAAUUUUAAAAUUUAAAGUAUUCAAAAGAGAUUAUUUUACAAAGCUAUAAAUUAAUAUUCUUUCAGUUGAAUUAAGUAAGAAUUGUUUUUUAAAAGAAGAAUUUGUGUAUUUUGUGCUGUAAAUCAGCAUGAACAUCUAAUGCAGAAUUGCUUUUUCAGUCAAAAUGUAGUUUCUUUUUUGUUAUCUUUUAUAAUCAUCAUUUCUUUCACUCUACCUCAUCUUUUAAUUGAUGUAUAAUAUCACCAUCAAUUUCAAUGUAAUUUUUUCUUUUGAUGUCAUUGUUAGAAACUGAACAAUUCAUCAAUAUUCUUUGUUUUUUACAAUUUUGAAAUGUCCUCCAUCUCCCUUUUU